UAUUUACCAAACAUAGUAGUCUGCCUUACCACUUAUAUCAAUAAAACAUACACACCCCAUUGAGGUUACAUGUUUCUGCUAAGCAAUAUUCCAAAGUCCUGAUUUUCUGAUUUACUUUGAAGUUCAAUAUUUCUCACAAUCCUCUCAAUACAGUGUUAUAUUUUAACAUGCCAGUUCUUCUUAACCAAUUUGCCUCGAUGUCUAUCCAACUACAAGAACAUUGAGUAUAAAGGUUAAAGGUUUGAAUAAAUCUUAAAUUCCUCUAAAGGUUACAUGGCACCAAAUGUGUUUGAGUUUGAAGAAAAGAUCCAUUAAAUGGGCUUUCCUCUAUUCCAGUAUUUCACUUUGAUAUUCGGUCAAGUGCUGAAAGAUGAAGAUAAAUGUAAAUAUAUGUAGAUGUCAGAUAUUAAGCUGUCUGUAACAAAUGAUUUGAGUGAUUUUCAGGUCAAUUUAGGGACAUAUAUCCUGGAAACAUUGAGGUUCAUAUAUAAUGAAAUUGGCAACAAGCCUUGACAUUCUACACACUGACUACUAUAAGUCCAGCCCCUUCAGGACAAGAAUGAAACUGAUUGCAUUACAGUGGUAGCUCUGUGAUAAGGUUUGCACUGUUGUAUUUGACUUCUCAGGUUUCACGGCGAAUCCUGUAUCCUGUAGCGUGUUUUUCUACAGGAGUAGAAAAACUUAGUCAACACAUUUGCAGGAGAGCGCUAGAGAAAGAAUUAUAAUUUCGGAAGAAUGAACAACAGCCUCCAGCAGGAGGUUAUAGUCAUCCAGGAAACAGAGUUUGCCGGUUCAACCCAGAGCAAACAGAACAUGAUCAUCCACUUCACCAGCGGUGAAACUAUGGAGGUAGAAGAUAUUGAGGAGGAAGCGGCACAGCCCUCGAAUGGUUCUCCGUUGAGAGAACCAAUGCAGAGGAAUUGGUUCUCAUUCAAGAAUGUGGGCAUUCUAGUUGGGAGGAUUUCACUGCAUGCUUGUGAUUUUCUUGGAGAGAGACUAGCCAGUGCACUUGGACUGAAUUCACCCAAAUACCAGUCUCUUAUAGAUCGACAUCAGCGUGAUCACAAGGAACCGAGCAGCCAGGCCUUCGGUGGCCUCAAGCAGGAGCAAGUAGAGAUGACCCGCUUCUCUCAAAUGUUUGAUAGUCAAUACGGAGCUACAGGAGACACAAGUAGGCCCGCUGAUCUCCAGGGGAGCCAUGAUGGGAAAUAUGUGAGCAGCAAAGAUGGAUACCACAACAGAAGCUAUCAAGCAGAUGAGGAUUAUUGGAAAUAAAAGAAAAAGAAGUAAAGAAGCAGUAACAGUUAAGAUUUGAUGUGCAAUCAGUGACGACAGAGAAAGUAUGGUGGGACUCUGUAUAUAGUAUGGUAAUGUUACAAGAUAACGUGAAGGAUAAAAACACUGACACAGUGAAGAUGUCAGUGAGUGUACGGAAGCGUAUUGCAUUCACUUGAAAAAACAACAACUCUGUUUUUCUGAGAUUAUUGUAAUCUGGUAUUUUGAUGAAGUUACAUUUUGCAUAAAAGGACACGAGAGAUGGUUAUUGAAUCGGAACAUCAUACCCGUUUAUUUUCCUUCACACUUCAAAACUUCUCUAUUGACAAAAUCCUCUUCCGUUAGAAACCCCUUUCAAAACAAGAGUCCCAACCAACAUCCUGCUUAUAACAGGAACUACACUUAAACCUUCCAUAAUAAAGCCACUAAAUAAAAUAGCUUACACUAACAAACGAAAUAUUUGAAUUAUGGACAUAAAUGAAAACUAUCCUAUAUCUAUCUUUAGCCUACCUGAAAGACGGUCGAGACGUUCAACUGAUGUUUUCAGGAUUAUUUAAAACUUCCCUAAACAACAGCGUAAGAGCUUGUGCCUCUUUCGUGGGGUCGCAAAAACACAACACUUUUCCUUUGUGAAGUUACAGAUUCCUAACAGUAAGUCCUUGUCUAGACAGGAACUUAACUUUCAAAAUAAA